AUGGGUAAAAAGCUGGCCCAAUCGAUCUCCGUCACCAAGCCCGAUGUGGUAAUUGUUGGCGGCGGCGCAGGCGGCAUCGCCGUCGCCCUGCACCUUAUCGAGCAGGCAAAGAAAGGGCGGAUUCUUCGCGAAAUAGUCAUCAUCGAGAAGCGGGACAUCCUGGGGCCGGGCCUGGCCUUCUCGACCGACUGCCAUGGAACGAUCCUCAACAUGCACUCAGACACUAUGGGGAUAUACAACGAGAACCCCCAAGACUACACACAAUGGCGGAAAAGCCUCGAAGACGGACCGUUCCCGUCCCGAGUCGACUAUGGAAAAUAUCUCCAAGAACGAUGGACAAAGGCGACGGAGGAGGCACGUGCUCUCGGCAUCGUCAUCGUCGCCGUGCAGGCCAACGCCACCGACAUUGACCGCGUGGGCGACUCCGGAUAUACGGUCACCCUCGACAACCAGACCACGCUCACAGCACACGCCGUGGUCCUCGCCCUCGGCAACUUCACCGGGUCGGCCAACGGGCACCUCGCCGGCAAGCCCGGCUACUUAGCCAACCCGUGGCCCACCACCCAACUCAGCUCCAUCCCGCCCACCGCACACGUCCUCGUCGUCGGCUCCCGGCUGUCCGCCGUGGACACCGCGCUCUACCUGUCCGAGAAUGGCCACCAGGGCCCCGUCACGUUCAUGUCGCGCAGCGGCCGCCUGCCCCGGGUGCAGGGCGACCCGACCCCCAACCCGCGUCGCUACGCGCUGCACGAGCUCGCCCGGGAGGUUGAGGGCACCGGCAACCCGGAGGAGAACCUGCUGCGGCUGGCGAGCGCGCUGAUGGACGAGAUCUCCACAGCGACCGGCGGCGACUGGAGCUGGAUGGUGGAGAAGGCGUCGCCGAAGGAGCAGCUGGAGGCGGACCUGGCGGCCGCGCAGGAGGGCCGGGUGCGCUGGCAGUCCAUCCUGAACGGCACGGCGCCGGUGGUGGAGCGCUACUGGAACGCGCUGUCGGCGACGAGCCAAAAGUUGUUCAUGGAGCGGUUUAACAGCGCGUGGAUGACGUACCGCCACGCGAUGCCGGUGAAGAACGCGAAGCGCGUGUUGGCCCUGCUGAGCAAGGGCCAGCUGCGGGUCGUCCGCGGCGACAACGUGGCCUGGGAAGGCAACAUGUUCACGGCGCGGACGUCGGCCGGGCUGGUGGAGACGCCGUACGUGGUCGAGGCGACGGGUGCGGAGAGCCGCCUCGAGCGCGUGGACUCGCCGCUGGUGCGGGCCGCGCUGGCCAAGGGCCUGCUGGCGCCGCAUGCCGCCGGCGGGGUGGUGGUCGACUUUCACAGCCUGCAGGCGGACAAGGGCCUGUACGUGAUGGGCUCGCUGACGCGGGGCACGCACUUCUACGUCAGCGCGACGGACCGCGUGGCCGCGCAUGCGUCCCGGAUCGCGAAAUCGUUGACUUGCGAGCCCUUCGCGGCGGCGCUGCACGUGGCCGUGUUCGUCGGUGGCGACCUCGUGUCGAACAUCAUGGCCAGCAAGCUGGUGCCGGAGCUGCUGCGCGCCGGGCACGUGCCCUACAUCUUCCUCGCGCCGGAGCAGAGGAGGCAGAAGGGAGCGGCAGCGGAGGUCCCGGAGCUCGCGUUCCUGGAGAGCGAGCUGCUGCAGGAGCACGUCAUCCCAUACUUUAGCGGCAAGGGCGCCGAGGACGCCCGGAGCCCGACGGUGCGGCAGCUGGCGGCCAUGCACGGCAUCCUGGUGCGCCCCCUGCCGAUCCGGUCGUUCUCGGGGACGAUGGGCAAGCAUCGCAUCGACGCGGGGUUGUCGCUCGGCCCCGGCGAGCUUCCCGGCGCGGACGAGUACUUCUCUGACGGCGGUAGGACGCUGCUCCAGCUGCACUCGGAGAAGCUGUCAUCAUACCGUGGGGUCAUGGCCGCCGCGAGGAGCGGCGGGGGACACUUCCUCUACGCGCUGCGCGAGGUGAGGCGGGUCGGGACGCACGUCGUGGACAUCCGGAAGCACGCGGUCGACCAGGCCAAGCCGGCGCUGGCGUGCAUGGAGGACGUGCACGCGCUGGGCAUCGAGAUGGCCAUGGGGGCGGUCGGCAAGAUUGCGCGCGGCGAGCAUCUCGGCGCCGUCAGCCCGGUUGCGGAGGGCGACGGCGGCCGGCCGUCCAAGGCGGAGGUGGACGAGUAUGCGGCGGGCAUCGUGCAGGUCCUGGUCGACUCGUUCGCGUCAACGCAGAAGAGGGACGACUUCCAGUCGCAUAUCCUCGAGGUGGUGAGGGAGUGGUCGGACAGGAACUAUGCGUGA